CAUGGAAGCACCUGGUGGAGACAUCCACAGUCACUGAGCGCUGCACUCGCUCUUUAAGCUGAUCUUAAUUUUCAAUACACCCUAAAGCCUGCGCCUUUUUUUCUUUUGAGAUCUACCGGGACGUCUGGAGUCCAGGACAUUGAUUCCCUCACCAGCUUGUGUAGCAGUCUGGAAUCACCAAAGCUGAUGAGGAUCUACUGACUUGACCAGUUUUGUUCCAUUUUUUUUUUUUACUUUUGACAAGCGGAAAGAAUGUCGGAAAGGGCCGAUGAUGACGUCAGGGGGGAGCAGCAGCAGCAGCGCAGCAGAGCGGCCAGGCAGCUGAAGCAGCGGGGAGAAGCCUCCACAGCAAUGGCGACUGUUGCGGAGCGCAGAUCCCUGCCUAGUCCUGAAAUAUUGCCGGGACAGCCUUGGAGCAGCUGGGUCGAUGUUGUGAAACUGUACGGGAGCGACGGUACAGAAUCGGAAGAAAGUUUGAAAGAGUGGGGGAAAAAUCGCGAAGCCAUGAGACUCUGCAGAGACGAUAUGCCCAUCUUUGGUCAGUGUCCGGCACAGGAUGACUUCUAUCUAGUCAUGUGUAGCCACUGCAGUCAGGUAGUCAAACCCCAGGCCUUCCAAGCACACUACGAGAGAAGACACAGCUCCAGCAGCAAGCCCCCAUCCAACUCUUCUGCAUUCGCAAUCUCUCGGAAUAAGGCUAGCAUUGGGGGCGGAGUCGGGGGUGGAAGCGUCAGUGGAGGCGCACUGACACGCCCCCCCAGCGCAAACAGCAGCAUCCCUAAAAUCUUCAAACCAGCCAAAGAGAAGCUGCCUCACCGGAAGCCUCAUUUCCCCUAUAGGGUGCUGCAAGAUGAGAGCCCAAUACCUGCAGUCAAAGAGAAGGUCCAUCUAAAGGUGGAUUCUUCAGCCAAACUCGUCCAUGUGCCCGCCUCCACUUCCUCCCCCUCUUCCUCUUCCUCCAAUACUGUGAGCAGCUCUCAGCUGAAGCCAGGCCUUAACUUCCCCUCCAUACCAAAGGCUCCACAAAUGGCCCCUGGCCAGAUCCCCAAUGGAAAGGGACAUCUCUCGUCCCUUGACAAGAAACAGGACAACAGCAGUGCCAGUAGCAAAAGACCCUUGUACAAAAGACAAGAAAGGGAGUUUAAUCCAGAUAUCCAUUGUGGGGUUAUGGAUAUUACUGCACGUAAGCCAUGCACAAGAUCCUUAACAUGCAAGACACAUUCCAUAAGCCAGAGGAGGGCGGUGCUCGGUCGGCGGCAACGCUUUGACACGCUUCUCGCUGAGCACAAGAGCAAAGCACGUGACAAGGAGCUGCAGUUCAGGUUGGACCCCUCCCACCCAGCACCCCCUCUCAGGGACCCUCACCCUUCCCCUUCCCGCCUCUCACAAGACCCUCACCCAAUGUCUCUUGGGAAUGGCACUACCGAUGCCUCCAAGCCUUUGCCCCUCAGCAAACCCAAACCUCAUAAUUCUGGACUUUCACGACUUAACAGCAGUAAUUCUCACAGUGGAGGAGACCCAGCUAUUGCCCACGAGCAGGCCCACCACUUUCAUCCGGCCCCCGCCGGUACCGAGGCCAGCGAUGAGGGUGAGAACGAGGAGAGAGAGGAGAGCACAGAGAAACUGGACUGCCAUUAUUCAGGUUACCACCCACGACCAACUGCUUAUUGCACUUUUGGAAGUCGAUUGUUUGGGAGAGGUUGUUAUGCGUUUGACCGACGGUGGGAUCAAGUCCGGUGUGCUCUGACCACCAUGUUGGACAAACAUGUCAACUCACAAAGGUGGAAGAAAAUCCCUUCGGUGUUGGAGAACUCUUCAACAACACUAACAGCCUCCCACAGGGCAAGCACAAACUCCCACUCUUCCUCUUCCUCCUCCUCCAUUUCCACAGGCUUUCACAGCUUGUCCUCACCACCACCCUAUGACAGCAAGCCUGUCCUGUCAUACGGCACCACCCUGAAUGCCCGCUCUUCUCCACAAGCCUCCACCACCGAGCAGCCCGCCUACAUUGGCACGUCUAGACAAGUGUCCGCCUCAUCACCCCAGAUGCCUUCAGCCCACUCGUCCUCGCUCCCCUCUCUGGGCUCCAACCGACCCCUCAAAUCCAGAUCUGGAACAAAGUCCUUUAGGGCGAGGGAGCCAUCCUCCAGCCUAAGUAACUCUAUCGUCAAGGGCAACACUAAUAGCGGUGUUAGUGUUGGCAGUAGUGGAAGCAGUAGCCUCAGUUCAGGCAAGAAACGGAAAAACAGCACUCUGUGGACCUCCCAUAGCACUUACACCUCUGAAUCUUCUUCAUCAUCUUCUUCCUCUUUUAAGAAGAACUGUGCAGUAAAUGUGGGCAGCCUAGGGAGCACGUACCACACCACGCUUGCCUCCACUCCAACUUCAUUCUCAUCAUCAUCGACGUCUUCAUCCCACAGUGGGGUGUACAGUGUGGGGGUAAACUGCACUCCAGGCAGGGCCAACUCUCUGAGUUUAAAGCAGGAGUCGACAGGGCGUGGUCCUCCCUCAGGAAGCCCGGCGGAGUCUAUUAAACGAAUGAGCGUGGUGAUGAACAGCAGCGACUCCACCCUCUCUCUCGGCCCUUUCAUUCACCAGAGCAGCGAUCACCACAGAGAUGCACGCCUGGAAGCCAAAAGGAGGAAGGGCUCACCUGGCUCAAGUAGCCUCAACAGCACAGUGUCUGGAACAGGAGGGGGAGUAGGACAGAGUCCUGGCAGGCCCAAAAUGGCCAAGUCUCCAUCAAUCAACAACAUCCACAGCAAACACUCUCGCUCUAUACCUGGACCACCGGGGCUUCCCAACAAUACACACAUACAUCAGCCAAAGGCUCGUCCCUGACACAGGUGUGGAGGCUCUGAGCGUGCUGAGCAGUAGGCUAGACCCAGAGCUCCCUCAGCCCCCUCAUGCCACUCUGCACGAGGCCUUCUUUUUCUCUUACUCUUUCUACAAUCCUCAGGGUGGAACGCACACUGGGUGGCCCAUCGAUGUACUUCAUGGGGACUUCCUUUCAAAGCCAUGCAGGGGGACUCUGCGGGGAUAGGAUAAUAAGCCAGAGAGAUCUAGUUCUCUUGUCGGAGGUUAUAAUGAAUCUAUACAAUGCACCAUUUGGAACAAUGCCUGCUGCGUAGAACAGGAGCUGCCAAGGUUGGGUACUUCUGCUGGGGUUCGAAGAUACAGAUUUGGGCUGGUAUGCAGCCUCACCAACACUACCAAGCAUAGGAGGGAUGUACUAUGCUAGCAACUUAACUUGAGUGUGUGGACACUGGAUGGGACGAAUGCAAGAGUGUGACGCCAGAACACUGGAAACUUAAACCCUACUCUGCCUGAACUGAGUCUUGGAGGAAGUGUACAGCAGAGCAAGCAGACGUCAACAGUUCCUGCAGUAGAAACACAAUCAACAGAAGUUAAAUAUAAUACAUGAAUGCUCGCUCUCUCACUGGCAGGCUGAGUAUGAUGCUCAAGCUGUGGAAUUACAAAAAUGAGCAACAUAAACUUAAUGAUUAUGCAAACUAGAAUUUUUCAAAUUUCUUUAGACCACAUUUUGGUUACAGGCUUAAACAACUAGCAUAGCAAACAGAACAAAAUACCAUUCAGGAUUUAUCAUGACACAUGAUAGCAGAAUAAAAAUGUCAUCUUAAAUUUAGAUCAGAUUUUAUUCAAGGGAAUUAUUAUUACCUUGAGACUUAUUUCAGAGAAGCGUUUUAUUUUUUUUAUACAGUAAAAUCCAACUCAGUAGUGAACUUGAACACUGCAUCAGCUAAAGCACUUUUUUUCCCCACCACAUUCAUUUAUUAGCGAUUUCAGUAAUUAUAUUUUUUUCAGGUUUAUGUUAGCAGGCAAGCAACAGUUAUCUCCUGAAUCUCCAAAAAUAAACUUGAGAAAACACUGUAAUCCUCUUAAUGAAUAUUCUGUUUUUAGUUCAAGUUAAGCUCAAUUGACAGAAUUUGUGGGUUAAUAUUAAUUACAAAAAAAAAUCAAUUAUGACUCGUCCUUUUGAUCGAAAAUAUAAGUAAAAAAAAUGAGGUUAUGUUGAAGUUCUUACAAUGGAAGUGAAUGGGGGCCAAUUUUUUUUAUGUUACAAUACUCACUGUUUUCACAAGUUUAGCUACAAGACAGAAACAAUCUGUGUGUUAACAUGAUUUUAGUGUGAUAAAAUUGCUUACCAGCCUUUUCUGUGUACGAUGUAAUGUCAACAAACACUAAAAUGACUAAAAAUUACAAUUUAAAAAGCUCAAAUAAAACAUUAAUGUAAGAGCUUUUAUAAAAUUAUAAGCUUCUCAUUUUUGCCUUUAAACCUGCCAAGAAUUGGCCACAUUCACUUCCAUUGUAAGUGCCUCACUGUAACAUUGAUUUUUGCUUCUUUUUUUUUUUAAGAAAUGGAGGGACGAUUCUAAAUAAAUUUUUGUAGUAAUCCACAUUAUACCACAAAUGCUGUCGAGUGAGCUUAAAAAAAUAGUUCACCCAAAAAUAAAAAUUCUCACGAUUUACUCACCCUCCUGGCAUCCCAUCUGUGUAUGACUUACUUUCUUCUGCAGAACACAAAUGAAGAAAUUUUGAAGCUCAAAAAUCCACGUAAAGGAAGCAUAAAAGUAAUCCAUAUGACUCCAGUGGUUAAAUGCAUGUGUUAAAAAAUGAUAUGAUAGGUGUGGUUGAGAAACAUUUCAGUAUUUAAGUCAUUUUUUUUUUCAUAACUUCUCCUCCCUGCCCAGUAGGGGGUGCACGAAGACUGUGAAUCACCAAAAACAAAACAAAAAUAGAAAGUAAAUGUCAAGAAAAAUUGACUUAAAUAUUGAUCUGUUUUUCACCCACACCUAUCAUAUCUCUUCAGUUGUCUGGAGUAUGUUUAUGUUGCCCUUAGGUGGAUUUUGGAGCUUAAAACUUUUGGCACCCAUUCACUUGCAUUGUAUGGACCUACAGAGCUGAGAUAUUCUUCAAAAAAUCUUAAUAUGUGUUCUGCAGAUGAAAGAAAGUUGAACACAUCUGGGAUGGCAUGAGGGUGAGUAAAUGAUGAGAAUUUUCAUUUUUUGGUGAACUAACCCUUUAACAUGAACUCUUUAUUCCUUUAAAUACCAUGGUUUGAUAAUUACUUUAAAAUGUGACAGCUAUGCUUGCCUUGGAAAAGCUCAUUAAACAAGUCUAGUCACAAAUGUUCAGUUUUAGGUACAUUUAGGGCUUGCUUUAAGAAAGCUUUUAGCACAUGCACACACAAAAAACACUUUUGCAGGAACAAAGAGACAGAUGCCAGGUGAUGUUUCACCUCUAAUUGCUUAUCAUAGCACUAAAGAAGCAUGUGCUGAAAUAUUGAUGUAGUAAAUGCAGCAGUCUCAUUUGAAAAAGACUGUAGACGUUUCCUGAUGUAAUACCUUUUGGCAUGGUUCGUUUUGUGCUGUUUCAAUCUCAAAAAGGGGCUUGUGGCUACAGUUAAUGUUGAGCCAUAGACCAACAUUACAAAAUCACUGACACUUCUAUCAUCUCAACAAUGGUAAAAACAUCUACAUGACACUAUACUGUGAGACACAUACAUCCUGUAUUGCAGGAAAUAUUUAAAAGUAUGUGCUGUAGUCUGACCAUCACCAUCUCAAGUCGUCGAAUCGCCACUACCUUGUACUGCUGCUGAACGUUCCUGCAGCAUGCAUUGUUCAAACACAAACUGUUGUUAUUCAAGACCCUAAAGAGGUUAGUAGCUGGGCAUCCUGAUAUGAAUUUUCGUUUUUAUUGUGGUCCUGUCAACUUAAAAGGCAAUAGAUCCUUUUUUUGAGUUGAUCUUCAAGGAAGUGGAUUUAUUUGUACUAGAGUUGAGCUGGAUUUUGUUGUGCAAAUUGGGGCUCUUUAAAACUCCUGUAAAUCCUUAACUCCACUGAUGUCAGUCAUCUAUCAUUGCUGAGAAGUAGAGCAUGAUUUGUUUUUCCUUUGGCAUUUUUCGUACACAAAAACCGAAACAAAUAUUGAAGUAUCCCUAUUUCAGAAUGCAUAUUUUGUUAAAGAAUUGUACAUAUUGAGAUGUAUUUUUGCACAGGCAUUUUCUUAAACGAUUUUUGGUACAAUUGAGAUCAUUAUUAUUUAUUUAGUAAAUGAAACAUUAUAAGAUUAUUAGAAGUGGUUCACUGCCAAGCUGAUAAUGCAAUACGCCACUGUCGGAACACAGCUACUUGUAAGUCAUAUGCUGAGUUACCCCGGAUGGAUUGUUACCACAGUAGUGGGAAAUCAUCUACCCCAUAUAUAUUGAGGUUAUUUUCAGGUUUGAAAGUGCUUUUUGUGACGCAUCCCCAUAUUAAACCAAGUGGUUAGAGAAUGUGAACAAAAAUGGCCUGUUCAACUGUGCAAAAGAUGUAAAGUCCAGUAUAUUAUAUAUAUAGUAGUUGGACUUUUCUAACUGGGAGAGGGACUAGGGAACAAGAAUUUUGUUCAAACAGUUGUACAGUGCAAAACUGCCUGCACCACUGUUGCCAAAUGUUGUAAAUGGAUACAUUGCUUUUUAAUUACAUUAAUUUGCAUUUCUUUUAACUCUUCACUAAAAAAGAGAAAGUGCCUGAAUUUGUUUCUCGUCUACAUGUAACUUUACUUGAAUGUUAGAUAAGGGUUUGGAAACUUGCUUUUUUAAACCUGCCUAGGAAUCUCAUGUUGCCCUUUUCCUCUUUAAGUACAGCGGUAACUGACACAGGCCAAUAAAUGAAAAGCGCAUUGCAGAGAAUCACUUGACAAUGGCAUGAUAAAUGCUUCCUGUCUGUCCCUUGCAUCCUUGUAUUUUAUGACUUCGACUACUUUUGAUAUUAAAGUCAGAGGGAUAGAUAUUUUUGUGAAAAAUGGGGACAUUGUCUCAAGGCUAUGAUUUCAACCAAUGUUUUAGACAGAUAAAUGUACUGUUUACCUUGAUAUUGUAACUCCAAUGUUUUCAUAUGAUGGAAGCUUUGUGAAGAUGUUUGUUAAAACACAACAGAUUUGGAAUGUGAAUCGAAGAUCAACGCAGUUUGCUUUUUGGGGAAGUGGCCUCUACAUAUAAACUAUGUACAAGUGUGUAUAUUUAUAUUUUUUUUGUAUACAUAUUCAAAUCAUUUGAUCAGCUGGACUUUUGUGUGUUGGCUGCUAUGUAAUUCAUGAACAAACACAGUAGGGUACAUUGAAUUAAUAUUUAAAGAAAUUAUUGUAUAGUAUAUUUGUUUUGUAACAAGUUUCUGUAAAUAUAAAAGAUUAUUUA